UACAACUCAAUAUAUAGAUGAAGAUGGUAAACCUUAACCCUAGAAAACACCUAAUCCCUAAGCCUGUCGGUUCAAUAAAAGCGUCGAGGAUUAUUGUCUUUCAACCCUUAUGUCGUGGAAUCCAGCAAUUCGGGCGCUCAGCAGCCAAGGCGAUUAGAGGGGAAGUAGUGAGCGUCAACCAUAGCCUGCAUUCAUCAAUGUGGAAGGAGACGCCGGCAAGUUGAUUGGUAGCAUCGGUGGCAUGGUGCUAACGGACUCUACUGCACGAAGAACGCACUAAUAUGCCUAAGCAGGAACAAAUGAAGAAAUGAUCAUUUCCAUCUUACAGAUGAAUGAAGUUUAUGUAUUCCUUUAGGAGUUUUCUAAUGCAUCUUCAAGGUUGAGCUACACCAACCUUAUUCAUUUAUCAUAUUGGACACAAUCUGGAUAAUUGCCAUACAAGGAAUCUGCUGAUGACUUAGAGCUUCAGUUAAGUGAUCAACAAGGUUUGAGGUUUCUAGAGCUUUCGAGCACCAUCAAGUGAUCAACAAGGUUUGAGGUUUGAUGGCACAUAUUUUUGAGCACCCUUUUACAAGAAUUAAAGAGGUGCAAAUUAAGGGUGCUAGCGAACAACUCAAGUACCAAUGGUGUUUCUCUUUUCUUAAGUUUCUAUGCAGGAUCAUUGCAUUAUAGCAUACCAAGGUUUCAACUUGUUGGGGCAAUAUAAAAGGUUUCAACCAUUUAGCAAGCUAAGGCUGUGA